GCGCGCGUGACGUCAGCGGUGUCCCGGAUGAGGCGCAGGCGCAUGCGCAGUGUGGGUUCGUCCAGCGCUUCAGACGCGUCUCUCUCGUUUCUUCUCAGUGUUUUCUCUUUUGUUUCUCGUUAUCGGAGUCAUGAAAGUGCUGCAGAAGCUGCUGCUGCUGCUCUUGCUGGCGUUUCCCGCGACGCUGCUGCUGAAGGGGCCGGUCGUUUCUGCACAGGACGCUACAGAGGAAGAGGAGGGUGUGGAUGAAGAUGCCGCUGAUGAUGUGAUGGCUGAGGAUGAGGAUGAUGAAGCUGAGGUGGAGGACGAUGAGAACACUGAACUAACGGAAGAAAAGGAGGAAGAGGAGGAAGAAGCUCUGGUGGGGGAGAUGAAGGCUUCACCCAACGCUGACACCACCAUCCUCUUCGUCAAAGGAGAAGAUUUUCCCGCCAACGACAUCGUGAAGUUCCUGCUGGGAUUCACCAAUAAAGGCUCGGAGAACUUCGUGGUGGAGUCUCUGGACGCCUCGUUCCGGUACCCGCAGGACUUCCAGUUCUACAUCCAGAACUUCACAGCGCUGCAGCUGGGGACCGAGGUUCCUCCUCAGCGUCAGGCCACCUUCGAGUACUCCUUCAUCCCCGCGGAGCCCAUGGGAGGCCGGCCCUUCGGCCUCGUCAUCAACCUCAACUACAGGGACAGCAGUGGGAACGUGUUCCAGGACGCCGUCUUCAACCAAACCGUCACCAUCACCGAGAGAGAAGACGGUCUGGAUGGAGAGACGAUCUUCUUGUACGUGUUUCUGUCGGGGCUCGGCCUGCUGCUGGUGGUCGGCCUUCAUCAGCUGCUCGAGUCACGCAAGAGGAGACGGCCAGCAGCUAAAGUGGAGAUGGGAACCUCCAAUCACAAUGACGUGGACAUGAGCUGGAUCCCACAGGAGACACUCAACCAGAUCAGUGAGUGUCAGCCAAUCACAGCAGGCUUUACACGCAAACAAUCACACUCCUUAAAAUAAACUAUGGGUUUGCAC